GGCCAGCACCCUGCAGUGACCCUCACAGCCUGCGGACUGCUCUGCCCGAAUCUCCAGGGUGCAGCAGUCUCCUUGGGGAGGCAGCUCCCUGACAGGGCAGGCUGCAGCCCCUGUUGUGACACGCGAUGAGGCAACAGCGGGGCCGUCUGUGACAUCACACCACGUCCUGCUCAAAAGCCCUGUGCGCCGCGACCUGCCCUCACUUGGCUGCGAGGCCUUCAGGAGGCAGUGGCUGGUGCUGCUCUGCUGGGGCUGCCGCUGUGAUCUUGAGGAGCUGCCUUGCAGAAAGGAGCCAAAGGCACUGGGAAGCAGCGUCCCCGCGUGGGACAAUUCCUGCUGACGAGUGGAGGAGGCCCGGAGCGAGAUGGAGGCCAGGAGUGCUCCCAUCCUGUGCAACGGCCGCCUCAUGUGUCCAACACUCAUGCACCUCCAGGACGAUGAGAUUGUGAAAGUUUGGGAUGCAGUAUCCCACUUCAUCCGCAGGCAGUUUGCGCUGAACAAGGGUGUCACAGUACCUGGGCUGGGCACCUUCUUUGCUGUUAAACAGGACCGGCCCAUGGCAGGCGUUAAGCUCCUUGACGCAAAGAAGCCCGUCUUCCAGGUUUCGGAGCACUUUGCCAAUGUUCAUGGGCUCCCUUACAAGAAAGAAACUUUUCCUGGAAUACCUCCAUUUGUUUUCCUGAAUUAUGCCUGGUUGUCCUUGGACAUCGGCAUUCCUCGGGACACCGUGCAGCGCUGCAUUCAGGAGACCCUGCUCUUUCUCUCCUACACCCUUGCAAAGAAGCAGGCUGUGGAUUUCAUCUUCAAGGACAUCGGCCGUCUGGUCUUCCGCCAGAACAGAGUCCAAAUGCACUUUUCCUCCGACUUUGUUCACAACCUGAAUAGCAACGGCCAGCUGUUGAAAUGCCGCCUCACUAGUUUAAGCACAACGGAGUUGGCCACAUCGGAGAGAAAAAGCAUGGUCUCACAUCCAGCUUCUCGAGGUGUCAUCAUCUUUCCCAGGAUUGGGCUCUACAUACCUCGGGGAAGAGCUGCAGGGGAAGGGUCUCUCCAAGCACCCAAGGGUUCUGCUUUGGAGAAGAAGGGAGACGCAAGUGUGGAGGGAGAGUCUACCAGAAGAGGGAUGCCUCCUAUUAAGAGCCAGCUGCUCACACCCCAGAGUCUCUCUCUAUCCAGACUCUCCAAGAUGAAAGGGGAGGCAAAGCUGAGCCAGGCUGCAGUGGAAAAAGAGCCUUCUCGCAGGCUGCUGACAACCCGUGAGGAAAGCUCCUCAAGAAUGGCAGAAGAGGGGAAGGGCAAGCUCUGUGCUGUGGCCUGUGCCCCAAACUCAAGCCCCUGCCUGUGA